ACCCCUUUAAGAAGGAGCCGCUGGAGCGCUGACGGUUGGGAUUUGAAGUUCUUCCUCCCUCUUUGGAAGUCUGGACGGCGGGGAGCGGGGGGGACUGUUGCCAUAGAGAUGACACCCUCACCCCCCUUCUCUGCGCGGACGCCCCGGCGACUCUGGUCCUCUUUCGCUGUCAUGUGAUGGACCCCUCCCCGCACUUACCCGCACGACUCCCUCCCCGCCUCCCUCCCGCGUCCUCCUGACCGUCCGUCUUCCCAGUCGGUGGGGUCGGCGUCGUUCGUGCUUCUCAAACUUCUGGGCUCGGAGCUGUCAUUCUGCAGGUUGCCGGGGGUGGCGGGAGGUGGCGGUACCUCUGGACCUCCGCCGCCGGCGCUCGCUUUUCUGUCCGAGUGGGACGUGUGCAGGGAGCUGUUCUCCCGCAGGUUUUGAGAGUAUUUUAGAAGGGCUUUAUGGACCACGGCUACGAAGACACCUCAGUUUAUUUGAAGACUGUGAACCAGAAGAACUGACUGACUGGUCUAUGGAUGAAAAAUGUUCAUUUUGUAACCUACAAAGAGAAGCAGUCAGUGAUUGUAUACCAUCUCUUGAUUCUUCACAGUCAACACCAACAGAGGAACUAUCAUCCCAGGGCCAGUCCAACACUGAAAAGAUUGAAUGCGAAGCAGAAAAUUACCUAAAUGCACUCUUUCGAAAGAAAGGUGCCCUGUUUGACAUGGCUACAAAGAAGAAGCAAAGAAAAACGGAAGACGAAAACCGUGAAUUUAAAGUUGAAUGGACUGAGACUUUCGCGUUUAUUCAAAACUUAAAUGGUCUUCCGACCUGUCUUAUUUGUCAGGAAAAAUUGGCGCAUAACAAGAAAUCAAAUUUGGAGAGACACUUUACAACUAAACACGUGUCAUUUAGUACUAAAUAUCCUGUCGGUGAUGCAAGGAAGAAAGCAGUUGAGGAACUUCAGAAGAGUCAAGAAAAAUCAAGUUCUGUAUUUAAUUACUGGAUGCAAUCUUCCAACAAUGUUAAUAUUGCAAGUUUUGUGGUUAGUCAAGAGAUUGCUAAGAGAGGAAAACCAUAUACAGACGGCGAAUACAUAAAAAGUUGUUUUAUAAAUGCAUCCGAAGAGCUAUUUCGGGAUUUUAAGAACAAAGCAGAUAUUCUAAAUAAAAUUACAGAGUUACCAUUGUCUGCUAAAACAGUGAAAGAUAGAACAGUCCAAAUGUCUUCACAUAUAACCAACCAGCAAGUCGAAGAUCUUAAAUUGGUUUCAGCUUUAUCAAUAGCAGUUGACGAGUCUUGUGACAUAAAUGAUACAGCGCAAAUUUCACUUUGUGUACGAUUUAUUUCAUCUACAGGUCCUAAAGAAGAACUUUUAGGAUUAUUGCCACUCAGAGGUCAAACACGUGGAGAGGAUAUAGCAAAUGCUGUAAUUGAGUGCAUUGAAAAACAUCAUAUUCCACUCGAUAAAAUUGUCUCAAUUUCAACAGAUGGGUCGAAAAGUAUGACCAGCGUAAGAAACGGGUUUGUUGCUAUUGUGAAAGAAAAAAUUAAUCACGACAUACUUACUUACCAUUGCAUCAUUCAUCAAGAAGCGCUUUGUGUGCAGACAUUUCCAGAAGAAAUUUGCAAAGUUAUGGAAUUGGUGAUUAAGAUUAUCAACUCCAUUAUAGCUAAAGCUCUUAAUCAUCGCCAAUUUAAAGAAUUUUUAGUUGAAAUGGAGAGUGAGUACGCAGAUCUUCUACUGCAUAACAAGGUACGUUGGUUAUCAAGAGGAAACGUUUUAAAACAUUUCGCUUCCUUAUUAACAGAAAUUAAAGCAUUUCUCCUUGAGAAGGGUGUUCACUAUCCAGAACUAACGAACGAUCAGUGGAUCCAAAAAUUUUAUUUCAUGGUAGAUGUUACAUCUCAUCUAAAUCAGCUUAAUCGUAAACUACAGGGGAAAGGAAACACAGUUUUUUCGAUGUUAGAAGAAGUUAUUUCAUUUGAAAACAAAUUAUCUCUUUUUGCUGAAGAUUUUGAAAGAGAAACUUUGAUUCACUUUCCAAGCCUGUUGAAACAUCGCCAAGAAAAUAAUUCUGAUAUUGACAUUUGCUAUUUCAAAACAACACUUUUAAAUAUGAGGGAAGCUUUUCUCAAUAGGUUUCAGGAACUCAGAAGCAGCAAAGCAACGUUAGCCUUUGUUAAAAAACCUCUCAGUGCUACUGUAACAGAAUUAAAUUUUUCUCCCUUUAAUAUUGACAUUGGCAACUUUGAAAUGCAAUUGCUGGAUUUAAAAAAUAGAGAACUGUGGAGCUCAAAAUUUGAACGUCUUUGUGCUGAUAUAGAAAUAUUGGAGAAAAACAAAUGUGACCUUAUUUCACAGCACAAGUGGUCUUCUUUGGAAGACCUGGAGAAGGAAGAUAUGUUGAUUUUUAACACCUGGAAUAGUAUUCCUGACUCAUAUAAUCAACUGAAAAAACUAGCGUUUGCUGUUCUUUCCUUAUUCGGGUCAACAUAUUUAUGCGAACAAUCAUUUUCAAGCAUGAACCUUAUGAAGACUAAAUUGAGAGGUUGUCUUAUUGAUAAGAACCUGGAAUCGUGCCUAAAGUUAAAAACAACAACAUACAAACCUGACUUAACCAAACUUUCCAAGGAGAUGCAAGGCCAUUGUUCACAUUAGUGUUUGUCAGCCAUUGUCAUGAUUUAAUUUUAUGGAUAUUGUAAGGUAAAUUGUAAGGAAUUUAAUUUUAUCAAUAAAUAAUAUCGUUAUUAAGUAUGAUAUCAAGUUUUAUUCAACGUACCUAUAGUUUAACUAAGACUUAAAACUUUAAGUAAAGUUUAUUUAGUUAAUUUUAGGGAACGUUGUGGAGUGAAAGAAAAUGUAGUGUCGAGGAUUGAGAAAGGUAUGUUGAGAUGGUUUGGACAUAUAGAGAGGAUGAACGAAAGGAGAUAGAUGAAACAAGUACACAAGACUGGUGUGGAUGGGAGAGUUGGAAGGGGUCGACCUCAGCGAACGUACCUCAAUCAGAUUGAGGACAUUUUUAGCAAAGGCAAGCUUAGAAGUACCCUAAUUAAGUUAAUAACAAUGUACCUACCUAUAUAGUUUAAGUUUAAAAAAUUUGGCUCUCAAAAGAAAUUUCAAUCAUUGUACUGUUGAUAUUUGGCUCUGUUUACUGAGUUUGCCAACCACUGGGUUAUAUGAAUAACAUCUGAGGAUCUGGGCACAUUUAUUCAUUCAACAAGUAUUGGAACUGAUCUAGGUGCUGGGAAGUAGAGGAAUGAGCUAACAGAAAAAAUCCCUGCCCUCCAGAGAUUUCCUUCUCUGAGCGGCUGGGGAUGAUGUGCUGAGAAAGUGUGUGAUGGAGCCACUAAACCCUUAGCCCAGCCAAACUCUCACCCUGAUGGUGACCUCAGGCAUGUUCAGACUUUCACGAAGAGACAGUGAAUUUGCUUUUGCUCCCAAUAGAAUUACGUUAUCAAGAUGGUAACCUUGAUCAGAUGGAGGUGUUCCAAGGAGCCGAAGGGCAGGCUUUUGUUCAAGUGUGUGUAUUUCUGGCGAGAGAGUUCACAGCUUUCAAAAGAGUUUCAGAAGUGUCUGUAGCACCUUAAGAGUUUUAAACCACGACCCAUCAGGGCCAGCUGCAAAGUCGCCGGAGCUAAUCAGGUCAACACAGUUCACUCGCAUGGUCACCCAAGUGUGGAGAGAAAGUGUAGCUCCUUUAGUUUGACUGUAGCUAAUGCCCUGGUCAUUCGUACGAUCUCUCCAGGGAAUGCUAAGCCUCCCUGGGAUACAGCGGCUAUUCCAUCACUCGCCUUCUCCUGAAGGUGGCUCUCAGGUUAUGGAAGAGGGAGGCACCCACACACGUACUCCUGGCCUCCUGCUGGCUCUGGGAGGUGCACUGGCUAGGUUCACUGGGCUCCUGGCCCCCUGACUGCCACUUGCCCUGCCAGCCUCCCCAGCACUGUCUGAGGCUGGAAUAAUUCGUGAAACGUUCUUUCAACUGGUCCAAGUUCAGUCACUGCCCGAAGGCUUGUCCUCAUCUUGGAUCCUGCUGGCCAUGGACACCUGAGUGGCCAGCAAGUCCUCGCUCACUCCAGCUCACCUGUCUGCUGGUCCAUGCCCAGGCUCUGCUGCAGAGUCACC